AUGGUGGGCCUCCUGGGAAACACGCUGGCCAUCUACGUGGUCCUGCGCUAUGCCAAGAUGAAGACUGUCACCAACAUGUACCUUCUGAACUUAGCUCUGGCAGAUGAAUUGUACAUCUUAGGACUUCCCUUCCUGACCACCCAGAACGUGCUCUUCUAUUGGCCGUUCGGGCAGUUUCUGUGCCGCGUGGUCAUGACGGUAGACUCCAUCAAUCAGUUCACCAGCACCUUCUGCUUGACCGUGAUGAGCAUUGACCGCUUGGCCGUGGUGCACCCCAUUCGGAGCGUCAAGUGGCGGCAGCCGAAGGUGGCUAAGAUCAUCAGGCUGGUGUGGGUGGUGUCGUUCGUGGUGGUGCUGCCGGUUACCAUCUACUCAGAUGUUCAGGACCGCUUCAACUCGUGCAACAUGAGCUGGCGAUCCCAGGAGCUGUGGUCAACGGUCUUCAUCCUCUACAGCAUCUUGGGCUUCUUCGGCCCCCUGCUGAUCAUCUGCCUCUGCUACCCUCUCAUCAUCAAGGUGAAGUCUGCCGGKGCCAGGGCGGGCCUGACCAGGCGACGCCGCUCCGAACGCAAAGUCACCCGCAUGGUGGUCAUCAUCGUGGUGGUCUUCGUCAUCUGCUGGCUGCCCUUCUUCACCACCAACAUAGUCAACCUCGUCUUCAUCAUACCAGAGAACAGUGUCACCGCCGGCGUCUACUUCUUCCUGGUCAUCAUGACCUACGUCAACUCCUGUGCCAACCCGCUCCUCUACGGCUUCCUGUCUGACAACUUCAAGCAGAGCUUCAGGAAGGUCCUGUGUCUCCACAAGGCGAACGGGGUUGGGGUGGGGGACGGAGGAGACAUGGGGAGUGGAGGGGGACGUCCCAUAUCCCCUAGGCUGGAGAGGGUGGAGACGACGCAGCAGCAUGACCCGCUCUUCACCCCCCGGAUCAUGGACUUCAACAAUGGACACAUGCAGAACAACCAAUGUGUUCAAAUUGAGACUUGUGGCAACAUGACGACGGAGCUUCUGCCCUUAGAGGCCCAGUGAUUAUCAGUCUACUCUAUGAUGAGCCUGAUU